AUGCCACCGGAUAGGGCCAGCCUGUGGCGCUCGUACAAAUCCCCAUAUAUAGAGGAUGACAUCGACGAAGGUUACGAAUCAGGAGUUUCACAAUCGGAAGGAACUACAGAUCUUGAUAUCUAUAUCGAGACCUCUCUCACCCCCGGCAUAGACCACUACCGAACCAAGCAGUGUAAUGGAGAUCCACUUACACAAAGCCGGAUGAUACGGAACCAACGAAAUACUCACCCUAUAGCAACGGAGAAAAUAGCCGGCAGACGACGAGUUACAGCGAAACCCGUUAAAGAACCUCUCCCACAACUAUCCGUACCAAUACCUUCCAUAAAAACGGAUACGAAAUCAAGACCUAAUAUGACCGACAUCCGAUGGUUACAAGCUACUAGUUUUGUCUCCUUCUGCCAACAGGAGACCGUUCAGGCGAUGCGUAUUACCUGGGAAGAACUUGAUCGUGCAUCCGUACUACAAACGGAAACUAUUCGAAAGACACAAUGGGCCCCAAAUCUCACCGACGAUGACUAUAAAGACAUAUUGAACGGGGAGGGCGAUGUUGAACGCAUUUCCUUGAAGGGAAACCCAGUUUAA